CUGUUUUCAAAGACAGUCACGAGGUUCCUUCAACUGAUCAGUUCCUGCCUCUGAUCCUUUGUUGGCCUGGCUUGACUCUGUACAGCCAAAACACCAUUCCCUUAAUUGUCCAUUGCUACUGUCCAUCUUUUCUGAAUCGAUACUGUUUUAUCUCUUUCACCAACCCGAACGAACCCCUUCGCGACAGACCAGUGCAACAGCUCGACGGGACAACUCCAAACCCGAACGUACCUAGCUCAGCACAAGAAAGACCGACUUGAGUCUCAGCAUCCCGAUCGAGUAUUGCCACGCUGCCACACCUUCCCUCCCCCUCACCUCCCGCCCGUCCGCCCGGCCGGACGACCAACAGCCCUUCCCAGCGAUUCACGACAACACCGUCAAGCUGUCUUCCCCAAUCCUCCUCCAGCGUACCGUCUCCUACGACGCGGGCACCAACAAUCCGCGUCGAGGAAGUGUGUACAAAAUGGCGGAAGAACAGAAUUCGGCCCGUAGGAGGAGGUCCAGUUCGAUCCUCCAGGUGUAUCACGAGCCUCUCGAGCCUGUCGAGCAGCUCAGCGAUCGCGCUGCUUUGCCCAAUGGCAACGCAAACUGGGUGAAUGCAAAAGGGGCGUGGACGAUUCACUUCCUCCUGAUCAUGUGCCUGAAGAUCUUCUACGAUAUCAUCCCCGGCGUGUCACAGGAGACCUCCUGGACGCUGACGAAUAUUUCGUACAUGGCCGGAUCCUACCUUAUGUUCCACUACGUCCGAGGCAUACCAUUUGAGUUCAAUGCAGGGGCCUACGACAACUUGAACAUGUGGGAGCAGAUCGACGAUGGCGCGCAGUACACCCCGGCCAAGAAGUUUCUGCUGAGCGUACCGAUUGUGCUUUUCCUCCUCAGCACGCACUAUACCCACUACGACCUGGCUUACUUUACCAUCAACUUCCUGGCGGUGCUGGCAGUUGUGAUUCCCAAACUACCUUUCAGUCACCGAAUGCGGUUUGGGAUCUUCUCCGGCGUACCGGACGAGGAAUAGGACUUGGUUCCCGCGGUCAAGAUCGGGCGUUUGGCUUUGCGAUUUCUUUGGAGAUUGGAGUUGCUUGGAGUUGUGACAAAAAGCGCAGCCUGCUGAACACGAGGGGUUUCUAUACCAGCUUCGAAUCGAGACUAGGAAGAAGGUCUUCUGCCAAGUUCAGGACAGUGUCGUGCAAACGAUACGAAUCCCUUUCAGGCCGAGGCUUCACGCCGACUUUUCGUUUCUGGCUCACCCAUACUUGUCUCUGAUGCUAUGCAGUUUGUGUUGCUGACCUGGACGGCUCGUGUCUCAAGGGUUCAAGCUACACGGGGCACCUGGCUGGUGGUGAAAAGUGGUUUCUUGCUUGUUGGGGCGGGGGGCUAUCAAUCUGAUGGAUGCGCAGGGCGAGGCGUCGGAUCAUAAAACUGACAGGGUCAGGCAGGUUCAACUUCAACCAUGGAAUACAAGAUGCAAUAUUUCUACCUGUGUCCUAC